AUGCCUCUCAAAUCCAAGAUACCUCACCUGGCCACCCCCGUCCCACUUCCUGAUCGGCUCCCGGAACUUCCCGUCCCCCCCACUAAAUUCCUUCACCACGUUGAGGCAAACCCGGGCGUUCCUGUUCGCCAGCUUCUUGAACCCUUCAUCGAGUAUGAGACGGCCCUCCGUGCCUACUUUGCUCAGGCUCCCGAUCACCAGUUUGUCAAGGGCGAUGUCAACCUCAUCUCAUUGUUCGAAGAUGGGAAUGAUAGCUUGCUCAAGAUCCGUGGGAGGAAGCUUGAUGAGAGUCCGGAGGAGCAGAAGAGAUAUGUGAUGCCAUUAGGUGAGAAAGACCGGAAAUCUGAUGGGGAGCCGGCAUUGGUCAGUUCAUUGGAGAAUUUCAAGAAGAACUUUGCUAUCUUUAGUGAAGGGGCUUUGAUGAACCUUGAUUGGAGCCAUGUUGUUGCCGCUGGUUCGUCCGUCCUAACCCCCCUUCUAUGUACGCCGGAAGAGCAGGGUAAGAGCAUGAGGUUGCUCCGCGAGUAUUAUCAUGAUAUCAUUGCUCCCGCCUCCGACAUUGAUUUGUUCAUUUAUGGAAUUGAGGACCCGCAAGAGGCCAUCGAAAAGAUGGCGGCUAUUGAGAACACCAUCAAGGAUAACCUUAUUUGGGAGACAACUACUGUGAGAACGAAGAACACCAUCACCAUUGUCAGCCAAUAUCCGAACAGACACGUUCAGAUAGUCUUGAGGCUGUACAAGAGCAUCUCUCAUAUCCUUACCGGCUUCGACGUGAAUUGUGCAUGUGUUGCUUAUGAUGGUGCUCGAGUUCUGGCGAUUCCUCGUGCUAUCGCGGCUGCAUUGACCCAAUGCAAUGACAUUGACCUUACCAGAAGAUCUCCUUCAUAUGAGAAUCGUCUUGCCAAGUAUUCCCGUCGAGGGUUCGAGGUUUAUUGUCCGUUCCUAGACCGCUCGCGCAUCGACCCAACCAUAUUCGAACGAUCGUUCAGUAGAACUGUCGGUUUAGCUAGGCUUCUCGUCCUCGAGGCCCUUCCUGAGCCGGAGGGACGAGAUGCAUAUGUACGCCAGAGAAAGGAGGAGAUGGGACGUCCGGUGGACCCUUGCGCCUCGUCCUGGGUGAGGGGGGGGCGGGACAAUAAAAAACAGGGGGCGGAUGAGGAUCUCGCUGAAUGGGACUUUGAGGAUGUGUCAAAUUACGAGAAAUUCUCAAUUCCUUAUGGGCCAAGUUACGACGCCAAGAAAAUUGAGAGGCUGUUUAUCAAGAGGGACCUCCUAUUGAACGCGGAAUGGAACCCCCGGAAUGCUCCCCCUCACCGCACAGUUCAUCUUCAUCGACACCCUGUAUUUCUCGGCACUGUUAAAGGAGUGGUUGUAGACUGCUGCGGCUUCUGCCCGGAUCCAUUAAACGAUGAAGAGAAAAAAGUACAGGAGCAGGAAGACGCCACGUAUAUCCGUGGAGACCUCAAGUUCCUCAAAGACGACCCUGGAAGGCAAGAGAUUGGUAGCUUUUACCCACUCGGCCCAGAAGAUUAUACCGAAAUGGCAUAUGUCGGAAACACGGAGCGAUUCUGUCAGGCUAUUGUUAAAAAUGACCUUGAGUUCGUCAUGUCUUGGUGCGCUACGGAAGAGGGGAAAGCAAGCAUCAAUUGUCGGGACUUUUGUGGCCGAACCCCAUUGCAUUUAGCCGUGCUGAAUGAGGGUACCCUAGUCGAAAUUAUACAGGUCUUGGUUGACGCUGGUGCAAGGCUCGUGGCAAGAAUCCAGGACGGACGCACAGCGCUCCACAUUGCGGCAGGGAAGGGGAGGGCUGAUAUCAUCACCGCUCUACUCAAGAAGAGCGAAGAGAACGAGCAUGGAAGAGACUUUAGGGAUAAAAAUAGGAGAGCUACGGAAGGCUCGCGAGCCAGAGAAGUCGGUGCUGACGGCGACGAGAACAUGUCGGAAUCGAUCCACUCACAGUCAGAUUUGUCUGGCGAAGAAUUUGAGUACAUGGGAGCUGGGACUGCGUCAAUCGCUGCAGAAACUGCCACUGAUGGCUCCUACGUUAGAGUGAAAAAGGAUAAAGAAGAAGGCGGACCGGUGGAAGGGGUGAUCGAUGAUGACGAUGAGGAUGAGGAUCAGGACGAUAUAUAUGAUAUUAAUGUCAUUGAUUGGGAUUACCAAAUGACACCCCUCCACCAUGCUAUCGUUCGUGGUCACUGUAACGUCGUUGAGCUAUUGGUUUCUGACUUUGGCGCUGAUCCACUUAUCCCUAUGAAGAUCUUUGAGAGGAUGUACGGGAGACCCAAGAUGCCGAAAGCAGCCGUACUUGUCCUCGCUCUUAUUUAUCAACUCCCUAAGGAAAAGCAAGCUGAGAUGGCUACUACGCUUUUGAGGGUAGGCGCAAGGACUUCACAAGCUGACAAUUUCUCCAAAGCCACUGGAUUACUGCAUGCAGUGAUGCAUGAUGCAACGCCUGUUUUGGAAAAAAUGUUUGAGCUCGAUGGCCUAGGGGCGACAAGCGUUCUCAAUCAAGUUUCCGCUCACAACGUCCAAAAUGAAGUGACUACACCCCUUAUAGCAGCUUUGAGAAAAGCGGGGGAAGGUAAAUCACUCGAUAUCGCAAAUUACCUUCUUGACAGAGGUGCAGCUGGACAUGUCAAGUUCGACGAGUUUCACCGCUACUUGAAGACCCGUUACAACACAACUUACCAAGGACAUAAUACUAACCAUUACUACAAGGAACUCAAACAAACCAUCGAAAUCUCCAUCGAAUGCGAGUCCGCAUGCGCACUCAUACCACGCCUUAUAAAGGCAGGGGCAGACCCAUCAACUAUCGCUUCGUCUACAGCGACCCGAUGGGACUUCAACCAGGCCACAGGGCCACUUCAAACUCCAGGUGAAACCGUUCUUGACCAGUUACGUAACAAGAUCGAGGCAUACCGCAAUUUCCUCAACGCGGAGCCGGAAGUGGUCGCUGUUCGGAGCGAAGAGCCGCUCCCCGCCUCUUUCCUUGAUAGCUUUCCAGAAGGGUCCUGGGAGCGAUUCACUGCUGAAUUUGCUUGGAAGAGAGAAAACAAGGCUCGAGAAAUUAGGUCGGGAGGUUUUGGGCGACAGCCUACGAGAUUCGGGGUGAGUCGGACGGCAAAUACGAAGGAGGAGGUUGAGGGGCUCCUGCGAUUGUUCGAAGAGACUGAGAAGGUAUUACUCGAGGCUGGGGCAAAAACUUUUAAAGAGUUAUAUCCGGAAAGGACACUGGUUCCGCCCGCGGUGCAACCCGCACUUCCUUUUGGCCUAGUUAACCAGGGUGUUGGGGGUCUAUUUGGCGCCCCAGGAACCCCAUCCCCUUAUGCGGUGCCUUUUGAGGUCUCAAUCGCCUGUCAACGGGAUACACGUGAACGGUAUAGCGAAUUAUUCAAUGCAAUUUGGAAAGGAGAUCAGGAAACUGUAAAGACUCUUACAACAGGCCCCUCCGGAGAACCCCCUAUGCCGGCUCUUCAAAUUUCCGUGAGUAGUCGGGGAUGGACCACACUGUGGGUAGCUAUCUACCGCCGCGAUUACGCCAUGGCUAAACUAAUAUUAGAAAUCGUGAAAUCUCAAUACGAGGAACCGGGCAAAAAGCAAGCCAGAAAGGCAGUUAGGAUCAGUAUACCCGGCGACAGCGAUGACGAUGGCGCUGAGCAUUAUCUCCAAGAGACUAGCGACGAGGACUUUACUCUUGAAGAUGCUGGUGCAGUGUCUGAUUUCGUCAAGUGCAGCGUUUCCCCACGUGACUUUAUACGCCAGGGCUCACCCCAAUUAGAUGAGCUGCUGGGUGAAGAGGAGGAAGCCUCACUCAGGAAACAGAAACUAUUUCAGUGGCUGGGGGGAUGGACCAUACUUUCAUUCUCAAUAUACAAGGACGAUUCAGAGCUCUUUGAAUUCAUAUUGUCAGCUGUAGAGGAGUUUGGCGGACUCGAGGCCGUCCGCCGAUACAUCCUUCCGUUCAAUGGGCUAUGGCGGUAUAACGGCUGUGCGCAUGUCAGAUUGGCACUUGCCCUAGGUCGGAUAUGGGUCCUAGAAGAGCUGAUGAAGCGCUACACCUUUGGGAUUCACUAUAGUUCAUUGAGGGAAAAAGAUCCCGAGGUCCAGAAUGCUAAGCCCAAGUAUUACCAAGGCCUUGUAGUCAACGGCACAAGAGCACGAGUGCACAACCCAUAUGAAACCUCCUCACCAGACACGAAAGAUGUCCAAAAACCACUCCAGUUGGCGGCAUACUUUGGAAAUCUUGACUCGAUCAAAUGGCUUUUGAGUGAUCGGCCCCGGAGAUGUCUCGAUUCGUUCAUGGACCUCAACCCCCAAGAUGAGCGUGCCAAGUUACUGAAGAACCAAGGAGAAGCACUGCCAAAGUUAUUCAGAGAAUCACUUGGCUUGGACAACAGAAAUCUCCCGCAUAUCUGCCUGUUAGGAUGGGCUGGGCCUGAUCCAAUGGAGGCUUUCCGGUUCUUGGUUUCACGUCCCGGGUCCCUAGACUCUCGCACCAGCUCUGGUCUCACACCCGCAUUGUUCGCGGUUGCCCAUCAUCGGAUUCAAGCAAUCAAAUACCUCCGUCAAGAGGAUGUUGCCGCCGAUUUUUCCACUCGUGACUUCAUGGGCCGAAAUGCUCUACAUUUAGCUUUUUGCAAUACCAGCGAUUACCCUAAUUUGUUAGUCCCUAUAAUCGAAGAAACGGUGGGGCUUCUCCCCGAAGAUAAAUUGGCAGAUAUGUUCUUGCAACGCACACGUCGCCACGGGCGCACUCCCCUUGCGCACCUUCUUGGCCAACUACUUUCACCUCCCAUGUCCAGGGGCAGCCAGUUCCACCUUCUCGGUAUGAAAACCCUUCUCAAGUACUCCAAGGGUAAAGAGUUGGGGCUUUUCGACUCCGAAGGGAAUCUCCCGAUUCAUACUGUUCUCCGAAGAAAUCUGGCGAUCCCCGCCCGCCUGCUCUUGUCCCUCAAGCCAGAACACAUAAACACGGAAAACGCCUCGGGCCGCACCCCACUGGAGAUCGCAACGAGCAAUUACCUCACAAAGAUCUCCCAAAAACCCCAAGCCAUACACGCCCAGGGUUACCACGGCGGGAUCUUUAGACCCCGGCUCUUUGGUUUCUCCCCUUCAGAGGACAGCGCUUCGGAAGUCUCAGAAAAUGGGGAACCACCGGAGAAAAUGUAUGAUGUGCCCAACGUAGAUUCCGCUUUCAAGCUCGCAUGCAAGGCGGCUCAGGAGGCUAGGUGCGGUAGGACGUUAGUCAGCCUACUCGAGGCACGGAGCCUCGUGCAGAGGUUGCAGGGUAGCGAUAAUCUACCCGUCAGCGAGGAGGAGGAAGUGGUAUAUAGGGGCCAGCGCGAGGUGGAGGGGCAGUUCGAUCCUAUGUGGGCGGUAAUGUACUAGUAAGCUAGUAAGUUGUGACACUAGUGAUGUUGGAUGAGAUUGGUUGGUUGGUUGGAAGGGGCUUUCUUUGUAUCUCGUCUAUUCCAAUUUUCCUCGUGA